AUGGACCCAAAAUAAAGAAAAGAUCGUUCAACAUCUAGGGAUAAAAAGAAAACAAAUAAAAAAUAAACAUAAUAUAGUUAUGGAUAACUAAAGUAUCUAUUUAUAAAUCUAAUAAAAGAUUUGGUGAAGUACAAAGUAAGUCCAAAAAAAUAUCAUUAAAAACAUUCUUUGGAAAUCCUGAAUUUGAAAUUUUUUGUUUGAGAUUUGAUUUUGAAGAUCAACUUAUAGCAGCUGGUUGUUCUGAUGGAACUGUCAAGGUUUUUAACAUUGUGUCUGGUAAAGUGAAUUCUUAAAUAUAUUAAAGGAAAAUUGGCAUUCAAUUUAUAAGGAUCAUCAGAAGGAGCUAGUCCUACAACAGCAAUAAGAUGGAGAAGAGAUGUAGCCAAUAAAGCCAAAAGUGUGUUUUUAUCUGCAAAUUCUGAUGGCUCCCUUAUGAUGUGGUAGGCUCAAACAGGAAAACAAUUAUUCAGAACAGUAGAAUAAGGCAAUCAAUUAUUGGCCUUAGAUAUAAGAUCAGAUGGUGAUCAAUUUGCUACUGCUGGCAAAGAUUUUAAAGUUAGUUCUAAUAUAGAUUGAUUUAUAAUAGAUACGUGUUUAUGAUGAUGAAAAGAAGGAAAUUAUUCAUACUUUUGAUAAGGCUGAUUAGUAUAAUAAUUAUUUAAAUAAGCAAUUAACCAGGCCAUCAGAAUAGAAUCUUUGCUCUUAAAUAUUUGGAAGAAACACCUAAUAUUCUACUAUCUGGUGGAUGGGAUGGUAAUCUUUUGAUAUGGGAUCUUAGAGAUCAUAAAUCUAUUGGAACUAUCUAUGGUCCUAAUCUUUCUGGGGAUAGUUUAGAUUUUAGGUAUCUAUUUAUAUAAUUAUAUAGAAAUGGUUAAAUAUUGACAGGCUCAUAUAGAACAAAUAAUUAAUUAUAGUUAUGGGAUUUUGGUACCAGAUAACUAAUUUAGGAGAUAUAAUGGGAUAAAAAUAAUAAUAACAGUGAUUUCUAUGUUUAUUCUUGUUAAUUUAGUAAAAUAAAUGGAGAUACAAUCUUGGCUGGUAGUAGUGGUAAAUAAGAAUUGAAGUUGUUUGAUAUUAAUAAUCAAUAUUAAACAUGUGGUUAUAUUUAAGAUUUAUAAGAAGGUAUAAAUAAUUCUCAAAUAUUUUUAUAGGAGUAUACUGUGUAGAUUAUGGAAAUAAGAGUAAUAAAUUUGCAUUUGGUGGAGGAGAAGGUGUAGUAUACAUUUGUUCAUUGACAAAUUCAAAGUGAU